UGCUAGUCUCGGGUGCCGCCCACUUCCGCGGGCACCCAGCCGUGCGUCGCUGCGUGCUGACGUCAGGCGCGUGCCCCUGUCCGGCAGUCGAGGAGACCCCGCGCAGUGCUGCCAACGCCCCGGUAAGAGAAGCUGAGGUCAUCAUCAAAUUUGAAAUAUAUAAAGUGAUACGAAACUGCUUCAGCAAUGCAGACAAUUAAGUGUGUUGUUGUGGGUGAUGGUGCUGUUGGUAAAACAUGUCUUCUGAUAUCCUACACGACAAACAAAUUUCCAUCGGAGUAUGUGCCAACUGUUUUUGACAACUAUGCAGUCACAGUUAUGAUUGGUGGAGAGCCAUAUACUCUUGGACUUUUUGAUACUGCAGGGCAAGAAGACUAUGACAGAUUACGGCCGCUGAGUUAUCCACAAACAGAUGUAUUUCUAGUCUGUUUUUCAGUGGUUUCUCCAUCCUCAUUUGAAAAUGUGAAAGAAAAGUGGGUGCCUGAGAUAACUCACCACUGCCCAAAGACUCCUUUCUUGCUUGUUGGGACCCAGAUUGAUCUCAGAGAUGACCCCUCUACUAUUGAGAAACUUGCCAAGAACAAACAGAAGCCUAUCACUCCAGAGACUGCUGAAAAGCUGGCCCGUGACCUGAAGGCUGUCAAGUAUGUGGAGUGUUCAGCACUCACACAGAAAGGCCUAAAGAAUGUAUUUGAUGAAGCAAUAUUGGCUGCCUUGGAGCCUCCAGAACCGAAGAAGAGCCGCAGGUGUGUGCUGCUAUGAACAUCUCUCCAGAGCCCUUUCUGCACAGCUGGUGUUGUCAUCGUACUAAAAGCAAUGUUUAAAUCAAACUAAAGAUUAAAAAUUAAAAUUCAUUUUUUUUGCAAUAAUGACAAAUGCCCUGCACCUACCCACAUGCACUCGUGUGAGACAAGCCCAUAGAUAUGCUCCCCUUCCCCUUCUCAGUACUAGUUAAUUUUGAGUACUUGUGUAUUGUCAGAAAAGUGAUCAGUACUACUAGUUUCUGUUAUGUUGUUUGAAAAAAAUUUUGUUGUUUUUGUUUAAAAGCAAGGCAUGCUUGUGAUGACUCUGUAACAGACUAAUUUGGUUUAUUGAAGCUGCUCCUGGGUUCCACUCUGGAGAGUAGUCUGGGACAUACAGGUUCCCUCCCUUUUUUUUUUUUUUUUUUUUUUUUUGUGUGUGUGUGUGUGGGGGGUUGUUUUUAAUUAGUCAUUAAAAAAAAAAUCAUAAACUAUUAGCCCUUAAGGGGAGGAGCAUGGAUUGAUUCCACAUUCCACUCCUAGAUUUCUUUUAGAAAACAUGUUCCCCAUCUGGUGCUCUUAGGAAGGAGUAUAGCAAAUGCCUCAUUUAAUAACUGACUCCUUUUUGAAAGUUGCCUUUUCUCUCCACCCUUAAGUAGGCCCAGCAUUUGAUAAAACUCAUGUAAGCAGGUAGAACCUGUCUUACCCUUCCUUUUUCCUAGGAUGCACACUAUAAGUGACUGACUUUCAAGGAAAAUUGUUUGCCAUUUAAUUUUUUUUUUCUUGGAAGUUAAUUUCUAACUUCUUUCACUGAUAAAUGAAGAGUAUUGCACCUUUGAAAUACACCAAAAUGGAUUGAGUACAUAAUUUAAUAACAUUUUUCCCCGUCAGUCAUUGUCUUGUAUGCUUAGCAUAGACAUGCAGCUUAAUAGUAUAUGAUAUAGUAUUACUAGAACACAGCCGAAGACUGCAUCGAGGAAAUAUCAGGGGUGGUGCUAGAAGACAGAUGUCUGUGGAAUGAUUCACAUCCUCUUUCAAGUUGUGAGGAUAGAGACCUGCUUCAUUAAGAAGCUGGGGAUGGGGGUGGGGGGGUGGGGGGUGGGGAGAACAUUUAAAAACAUGGGACCAAUCGGGACUUAACUUGUUUUGCGUAUGAGGAACCCUAGAGCAGCCAUCUGAGGCUCUCUGGUUUAGUAAAAACUAUGGAGAGAGUCUUAUAAAGACUCUUCCUAAGUGUUAAAAGAAACUUUCAUCAGCUCAUUUUGGUUGCAGUUUCCAAUUUUUAAAAAUAUUUAGGUAAUCUUUUCCACCUUCCCCCAGUCCUAAUUCUUGUAGAUUCAUUAGUGUUGAACCAAUGCUUUCUCAUGUCUCAAUUCUUUGUAUAUGCAUUCUUUUCAGAUGUAUUAAACAAAAACCCUUCACAAUCCUG